GGGGAGGGGGACAUGUUCGUGCAGGAGGAGAAGAUCUUCGCCGGGAAGCUCCUCAGGCUCCACAUCUGUUCCGUGGAUGGGGGCGAGUGGCUGGAGGAGGUCACGGAGGAGAUGUCGGUGGAGAAGCUGAAGGAGAAGUGUCUCAAGCACUGUUUCCACGGCAGCUUGGAAGAUCCAAAAAGCUUAACCCAUCACAGGCUGGUCCAUGCCUCUUCUGAGCGGGUGCUCUCUGAAAGCAAGACGGCGGCUGAAGAGAACCUUCAAGACAAUGAUGUCCUGCUGUUGGUCAAGAAGAGACCACCGCCUCCACCACCAAAGAUGGCUGAAGUCUCUGCUGAGGAGAAGAGGAAGCAAGAUCAGAAAGCUCCAGAUAAAGACGCCAUUCUCAAGGCAACAGCCGACCUUCCGGCUCGCAACACCGACCGCACUGUGGCUCACCACAACAUGAGAGAUUUUCAGACUGAGCUCAGGAAGAUAUUGGUGUCCCUCAUUGAAGUCGCUCAGAAACUGCUGGCACUGAACCCAGAUGCAGUUGAGCUGUUCAAGAAAGCCAACGCCAUGCUGGACGAAGACGACGAGGAUCGGGUGGAUGAAGUCGCACUGCGGCAGCUUACGGAAAUGGGGUUCCCAGAAAGCAGAGCUGUGAAAGCCCUCCGCUUAAAUCACAUGUCAGUAACGCAAGCCAUGGAGUGGUUAAUUGAGCAUGCCGAUGAUCCCACGGCCGACGCACCUCUCCCAUGCGAGAAUUCCUCGGAGGCUGCAGGGGAAACAGAAGUGAAGCCAGUGCUUGGAGCCAGCGCAGACGACCCCAAGGAUGAACUCACAGAAAUAUUUAAGAAAAUCCGCAGGAAAAGAGAGUUCCGUCCAGACCCUCGUGCUGUUGUUGCAUUAAUGGAGAUGGGCUUUGAUGAAAACGAAGUUAUUGAUGCCCUGCGAGUGAACAACAAUCUGCAAGACGCCGCCUGUGAGUGGCUGUUGGGUGACCGGAAGCCAUCGCCGGAGGACUUGGACAAGGGGAUUGAAACGACUAGCCCGUUAUUUCAAGCCAUUCUCGAUAACCCUGUAGUACAGCUAGGCCUAACUAAUCCUAAAACACUGUUAGCUUUUGAAGAUAUGCUCGAAAACCCAUUAAACAGCACUCAGUGGAUGAACGACCCAGAAACGGGCCCUGUGAUGCUUCAGAUCUCUAGGAUUUUCCAAACCUUAAACCGCACAUAGGACACUUCUCGGUUUUUGUUUUUCUACCACCCCCCACCCCCGACAAAAUUAACAGCUUUAUUGCCUCUUGGACUUUUUGGGGGAACUCACUGAUGGGAGGGGAGGAUACCAAAAUCUUGCUGAGGGCCCUAACCAAUAGUCACCUUUAGAGAUGGAGAGGGAAUACAUAUCACAGGACGGAGUGACUUAAAACAGCAUUACUGUUUAAAGGGAAAGUAAACCCUGUUUUCAAUACUA